AUGCAUAUUGAGGCGCAGCGGGGUUUCGCGGCAACCUCAAAUCGACAGAAUGCCCUCGGCGACACCUGCACGUUCCAGCGUCCAAAAUACGAUCGCUGGCUAGAUCUGCCCUCCAGAGCCUUCAAACCUCAAAUUCCGCGAGGUCCAAAGGUAGUAGAUGGCGGAAUGGACGAUGGUUCCAAACCCCACGAGCCGCGUCAUCAUCCACCUCUACACCAAGACAGCGGCUUCGACGAACCGUUGUUAUUCGAGGACGAGCUCGAAUCCUCCGAAAGCGAUGUGUCUCCGGUAGAGGUGGAAUCGCAAGUCCGCUUGCCUCUCCUGCCGUUGGCCGGCCGGGGGUAUCGUGCAAGGCCUGAGGAGGAACUGCUGCCGCGAUGGGCGGGGUGUCUGAUUAUACUCGUGGGGUUUGGAUGGGCGGUUUGGUGUGCGCUGUAUAUACCCGCGAUGUUUGAGGGUGCCUUUGGCUGGAAAAAGGCUUGA